CCUCUAAUCGUCAUCCUCUCUCUCUCCGGCCUUCAGCUGAGCUGAUAGAGGACGCAAUCUCGACUGCAACUUGUUUGAUCCCCAGCAUUAGAGAGAGGGAGAGGGGGAGUUUUGGAGAAUGGGGAAGGGAAGGAAACCGAUCCCGCUUCCCUACACUCAAAACAAGAGAGAGAAAGCCAGGUUCUAGAGAGAGAGAGAGUGCGUGUGUGAGUUUUGGAGAAUGGGAAAGGGAAGGAAGCGGAUCGCGCCCUGUGCUAAGAAAUUUGGUCUGCCUCUGUUUUACGCAUACUGGGUACCCCCUGUGAUUGGAGAGGAGAACUCAGAAGAAGAACCAGACGAAAAACAGAGAGGAAAUGAACAGCGCUUCAUUGUUCUCGGGGGAGGCGGAGGCGACAGCCGUACUGGUCUCCAAAACACCCUAUUGAUCGCCCAAUUCGACUUUGCUACCAAUUCUCUCUCUGAACCAACACACAGGUUUGUCACUGGAUGUGAUAUACCCUAUAGAGUGGCUGUGCACCCUCAUGGAGAAGGCAUGAUUUGUUCUUUCCCCAAAAGCUGCAGCUGGUUUGAGUGGGACUUGGAAAAGAAUGAAGAAGGUCACAAACUGACUAUUGAGCCAUCAGACACAACACUUAUGAUGUUAGAAGAUGUUGGGCAACAGAUUGCAUUGACCUUUGCUAGAGAUGGUACAAAGCUUGCUGCUGGUGGUGAGGAUGGACAUUUGAGAGUUUUUAAGUGGCCAAACGUGGACAUCAUUCUUGACCAGCCUGGGGCUCAUAUAUCUGUAAAGGAUUUAGAUUUCUGCUCUGACGGUAAGUGGCUUGCCUCCUUGGGUGACCGUGGGCCGGGCAGAGUGUGGGACCUUUCAUCUUCAUCUGCGAUAACCACAUUAGCAAAGGAAAGGGAUGAGAAUUUUGGCUUGUGUAGGUUUUCACGUAAUGAUGAUAAUCGGCUGCUAUUUACAACUAUUAAGAAAGGAGACAAAGGAUGGAUCGCGUCAUGGGAAACCAUUACGUGGAAAAGAGUUGAGACAAAGCUAGUUGCUCAGUACCCCAUUUCUGCAUUUACCAUUUCACCUGAUGGACAAUUGCUAGCAGUGGGAACUAUUGAGGGUGACAUUGCUAUUAUCAAAGCAUCCAAUAUGCAGGUGCAGCAAAGACUCAAAGAGGCACACCUGAUAUUUGUUACAUCCAUGGAUUUCUCCCAGGAUUCCAGGGCUUUGGUUUCUGUUUCUGGUGAUUCAAGUGCAAGGGUGACAGUGGUUGAAGCCCGGCAAAAUAAGGGUUGGUAUAUCCAGAGUAUCAUAAUCAUCCUCGUUAUUCUUCUCGCAAUCUAUGUUUACUGCUUGAAAAACCCCCCUCUUCCUAGCCGAGAUGGGUAAGAAGUUGCAUCAGCACUGGAGAAUGCUGUAAUUUGUUACAUUCUAUUACUAGGGCCUUUCAUUUCUUACAUGUAAUGGUUUACUUGGGUGUUCGAUGGUGAUACAAAGAUGUUCCUUUUAGCAUUUCUUUUUGUUUUACCCUUAAUUUAGAAAUAUCAAUUUUUUUUGUUAAGUGGUAGAAGGCAUAAUAGUGGCAUGAGAGAUAGAACGACAAUUGUCUCCCUAAAUGUCUUAUUUGUUUGAAUCAUUUUGACAUAUUGGAGCUGCUCUGCAAACAAAAAGCUUGCAUUAUGUGGCUUCUAAUAUUAUACUAGGGAAUAGGAAGUAACAAUGAUGCCUUUAUGGAGGU